GGUGUCCACGUAAUGGAGCAGCACGAGAAGGGCCAGAACGAAGGUCUGUCAUGAUUCUGACGAAAAGGCGUCGGGUGGCGGUGGUGGUGCUGAUCACGUUAUGUUCGUUCUCACUGCUGAGCUACAACUACAUUCCCAUCAGCCACGACUACUUUUUCUACUAUCUACGGACUUCAGACUUCAUUAGCGUUUCGGAUGGACUGUACCCGAACCGCAGUUGGGCGCCAUUCUACCGGAGGGCAGACAUCUUCAGCCGUGCAGACAAGCCCCGUAUCCUGUUCUGGACAACCGUGUUCGGCGACUGGUAUUCGGGCCUGAGCAAGAACGGAACAGCAGAGCUGCGCUAUUGGCAACCGAUCGGUGGCUGUGCCGACCGCUGCUACAUCGCCAACGACCGUCGCACCUUGUCCGUCAGCGACGCCAUCGUUUUCUACGCCUGCGACCUGAACGCCUCCGACCUGCCAAGUUACAGAGCCGAGGGCCAAAAGUGGGUACUCUGGUCCCUCGAGGCACCCACCACCUGCGACCUGUCGCCUGUGGUGUCUAUGAAAGACGCCUUCAACUGGACCAUGACGUAUAGACGCGACUCCGACAUCGUGGACGCGUACGCUAAGGUGACGCAGCGUAUCAAACCAAUCUCCUACUCCGUGGAGCGUCUCGAGCGAACCUGGCGCAACAAGAAAGUCACGGCCGUCUGGGCUGUCAGCCACUGCAAAACUUUCGGCAAGCGCGAAAACUUCGUGGACGAGUUGCGCCAACACCUGUCGGUGGACGUAUACGGCAAGUGUGGCAACUUGUCGUGCUCGCGUGACGUGCGCUUCGCCUGUUACGAAAUGUUUGAGCGCGAAUACUUCUUUCUCCUGUCUUUCGAGAACACCGUCUGCAGGGACUACGUCACGGAGAAGCUUUAUCUGGCCCUGCUUUACGACAUCAUUCCGGUGACGUUUGGUGGCGCGGACUACCAGGCCGUGGCGCCUCCGGGCUCUUAUAUUGACGCGCUUCAAUUUAGGACACCUAAAGAUCUCGCCGACUACCUCAAAAAAGUUGCAGAAAAUUUUGGCUUGUACAAAAGCUUCUUCGAAUGGAAAGGACGAUAUCAUGUCGAGCCGUGGGUGUAUUAUACGUUUUGCGAGCUGUGCACGAAGCUUUACAGUUCCAGCUUUAGUCAAAGAUCUGUGUAUCCGAGUAUAAUCCAAUGGUGGAACCAGAGUUCUCACUGCACAGCUUGGAAUCGAGAAACAAAACAACUUUACCGAUAGCCAGGUAAGUUGAAAGUAUGUAUUCACCUGUCAUUUAUAAACGUACCAGCGGCGAAACCGCACAUAGGUUAAUCCCAAAGACACUGCUGGCUUGCUUUACACAUCAUUACAUGCGUCAUCCUCCUAUGUCAAAGAUGAGCGUCACAUUUGACACAAAGUGUUCUAUUGUAAUUACUCAUUUGCCUCGCUAUAUAUCAAUUUAAAACGCCUAAACGUACUCGACAGUAGUGACUAUAGGAUCCAUUCGUUCCUACCUUCUGCUUUCCUUGCGUAGUGCACAUCGCUACUAAGGCAAUAUGUUGAGCUUUUUUAAAAUACAGUCAGACCCGGCUCUUUCGAACUAGGAUAAAUCGAAUUAUCCUUUAUAACGAGCAAUUUUUGAACAUGAUGAUGCCUUAACGUCAAUGCACAAGAAAAUGUGCUGCUACAUCAAACAAAAAUAGCCGUGACACUUCAUACAUCGAACAUUGAGCAGUUUUAAACGCCCCAAGAAGUUGGCUUUCCCUCACGAGCGGUUCGCUUUCCUCACGGAAGGGGUCUUUCCCGCGUGUAUCUGAAGGAGCAAGCGGUGUGAUUAGGAGGGAAUUUAAUAGCGUCAGAAUGCGAGCCUGUUGGCACGUAUCCUUAGGAAAAACAGCGCAAAAGCAAACACGGACGAGUAGACACAGGAGUAGCGCUAUUUGAGUGUCUGCUUGUCCGUGUUUCCUUUUGCGCUGUUUGACCUAAGGAUUAGGCGGGAGCCGCGCGGAGCGAGUAGAAACUGCCGCUUGCCAUCGUACAGCGUCCCGAAGCUCUCUCAGUGCGAUAUUGAAAAACAAGGCCGACAUUAUAGGCUAAGGCAGUCGAGGGUUCCGGCACCCGACGAGUACGCAUAUCUGCGUAUAAGGAUGUUCAGGCGCUGUUUACAAUGAAAGUGUUAUAUUCUAACGUACAACACGCCCCUGCAUGUAACCGGCACCACGCCCAACUACAGACCGCGGAAAAAAAAUAAAGCGUACAGAACAUUCAGGAUACCUUCCCCUAUCGGAAAAAGAGGAGCAACUUCCGAAGCAUGACCUACUUACUACUUUCCUUUCUUUCUGUCUCCCUUUCCAUCCUCGGCGGAAGCGAAAGGGCUCUGAUUGGUUGCGGGCGUGGCGUGAGGGCGCGCCUACGCAGUUGGCAUCGUCCCUAAUGACUCACGUUCAGGCGCUGCGCCGUGCUCCCGACCGGGCUGCAGAAAUUAGGCGCCUUUUCCUCUUCAAACCACUACUACCACCACUCACGUUCCGGUGCCGGCGCAGGAGCGUGAGGUCCCGCGUUCAUAUCCAGGCAACAAUGAAAUGCAGAAGAGUGGUAGUAAGUUGGGCGAGUUGCUAAUGAUCCAUUAUGUAACUGUUUGUGCUUUCCUCUCCUCUUGUGUUACCGUCCGUUUUUUGCGCAGUUACAUAAUGGAACAAUGAAAGGUGGCUACGUGAAGUGACAAGUGACCUCGUUGAAAAUUCAGAUUGCCAUAUCAAAAACGGCUGGUCGCCGACAAGCCCACGAUCGAGAGAGCGUCACUUAUUGGGAAACGGCGCAUACAAAUUUCGAAUGUGACCGGCGCACCUUCGAGGGCCGCAUUUCUAGGCCCCGGCGCCGGCUGUUUCGCGUACGACAACGCCGCCACCGAAAUCUGCAACUCAUAACAACCUUCGAUAGAAAAAUCACCGCGUAUUGCCGUGAAGGUGACUUCCUUGUCUUAUCGUGAAGCAGUACCGUGAAGCCAACUUGCGCACCGAAAAUAGGGCAAAUUUUUUGAAAUUUCUAUAUCGAGUUAUACGAUAUAUUAAACUAACACCCCCACCCCAUUUUUUUGCGAGAUCGAUAUAUGACGGCCUGACUGUAGUAAGAUCCACUGCAGGCUGGAUUGAAAAAAAAAAGGAAACAUUUGUUU